AUGCAUCGUCUGCAGGUUGUAGCUCCGCUGGAAGAAAUUGUAGAUGUCAAUCUGUCACAAGCAAACCUUCUUAUAUCUAAUCCAUUUAAAAUACUACCACUUCAAGGCGGUUUUGCCGCAGAGACGUUUGACUGUCACAGCUCAUUACAGUCAUUAGUGCAUGGCAGUUUAAGUUCAAGGACUGCAUUGUUAAGCGGACGCUUUUAUUUUACAGGUGAUACCGUAAGCUCCCGCGCCCUCGCGCGGCGCCGCCUGCCCGCCUACCCGCCAUCAGUUAGAGUCCGGCAUCGUCGCCGCUCGCACGAACCUCUCCGCCGCACAAGCGCAACGAACGACUUCAAAAUGGCCUCCGGUCCGAAGAUAGUACACAAGCAAUUCAAUUCACCCAUCGGUCUCUACUCCCAGCAAAAUAUUCAAGAGACACUCAAUAAGCAUCUGCAGAAUCUCGACAAUGGCACCGUCGGUAUUGACUUCAACAACCCGGUAAGCGACAAGCCGGCGAAUCUUGCUAACUCAGCCGUUCUGCGCAUGCUCGAGGAAGAAGAACGUAAUCGUAAGGGAUAUCCGAAAUUAGACCCUACCCAAAUCCAGGCGAUUUUGGAGAAUUUUGUUCACACCGAGCGAAGAUUUGACCAGAUCUGGCCUCCAAAAAAGACGAAAGUGGAUCGUAGUUGGGAUGGCCAAAUCAACUCCACGUCAUAUAUACAUUCUACGCUUAUGAAAGCUACUAAAGGCCAAAAGAAAGUGGUCUGGCCUCCAGCCCCCGAAACAAACGGUUAUCACCAGUCGCAACAGCAAAGUCCUGCAUUCUACAACAACGCACAGCAUUCUCCGUCCCACCAAAAAUACUCCCAACAACAACAACAGUCGCAACAACAAUUUUCCCCGCAACCACAACAAUACCCAUCCCAAGUCCAGCCUCAGGAGCAGUACCCUCAGUCCUAUUCUGCUGACCAGUCCCAAUCCGCCUACUGUGAGGGACGACGUCAGGAAGCCUCAGGGCUAAGUAAGCUGAUCCCUGUGGGGCCCGGCGCUAGCGCUUCCCCAGUUGCCCCGUCUUAUCGCCAAGGCCCGCUAUCCCCUAGCGCGCAACCCUAUCGACAGCAACAAAGCCGCUGGGCACCCGUACCGGCCCCCACCUCCCCUCAGCCCUCAUCUCAAAAACCUCAGUACUCCCAACCACAGUAUUCGCCGCAGGGCCAAGGGCAGUACUCGCCACAACCGCAAUAUACGGAGCCCCUAUACCAGCCCCCACAGAGAGUUUUCGAGCCACCCCCGGCCACUAUAACACUGCGCCCUCAACAGCCGAUCCAUCAACAGCCGUCACCUGUAUUUGCUAGCCAGCCUGCCACAGCGUCAUACAAAGGAGGCAUAAACAUGCGUGGGGAUCAGAAAUGGCCACCACAGUCUGUAAAGGAGGCCGUAGCCGCAGAGAACGAAGCCAGGAGGCAGUUAGCUAAGGGACCCGCUUGCAGACCGCGCAAGGUACGCAAGGACUACUCUUCGUUCUUCUCGCAACACGCUCUCAACCACAGCUACACCAGCUACCGUGUCCCUCCUGGUACACAACACUUUGAAUAUCAAUCGGGCAGAUCUUCCUAC